AUGGUGGUGAUCAUUGAAGAUGGAACAGGGAUGAUUUCGGAGGAAAAUGGGGCUGAUGAUUUAGGAUCUGAGGAAAUUGGGAGCUGUGCUGAGGAGGAUGAUGGUGGUAGUUUUCACUAUGGAUUUAGCAGUGGAACUGAAAUGGAUACCUUUAUGAUGUUGGUGUGCACAUAUGGUUGCAGUACAAUUAGGUUCAGUGAUGUGCAUAGUUGUGGUGCGAAUGUCCGAACAUCAAAGAAUCCGAGAGUUAGUUCUGAUUUGGUGUCAAGUACUAUAUCUGAAAUUGUAAGGGACAAGCCGUUGACUCAGCCGUGUGAGGUGGUGACUAUUUUGAAGAGGGAUUAUGGGCUAGAUGUGAGUUACCACUUGGUAUGGUUGGGUUUGGAGAAAGCAAAGGCUAUUAUUCAUGGAGAUCACUUAUUAUCGUUUGACCAGCUGCGGUGGUAUUCAGAUGCUGUGAUACAUUACAAUCCAGAGAGUUAUGUCAAUAUUGAUUAUGACGCGAGUAGUCAACAGUUUUUUCAUUUCUUUGUAUCAUUCGCUACGUGUAUUUUUGGAGACAAUUCUUGUUGGCCUUUACUAUUCUUAGAUGGAACAUUCCUUAAAGGAAAGUACAAAGGUCAGCUACUUACAGCAACGACGAUAGAUAGAAAUGAUGGUCUAUUCCAUGUUGCAUUUGCGAUUGUUGAUUCAGAGAUCACGGCCAAUUGGUCGUGGUUCUUGCACGAACUUGGGAAAGUUGUUAAUGGUAAGCGUCAGAUUACUUUUAUUUCGGAUCGUAAUCUUGGUCUGUCAGAAACGAUGCCGAAGGUGUUUCCAUCGGCUCACCAUAGUUAUUGCUUACAACACUUGAAGAACAAUUUAAAAGACUGGAUGAAAGGAAUUAAUAAUAGAUUUAGGGAUCACCUAGUUAGUAGUUUGGAUGACUAUGCUCACGAGCCAACUGUGGUAAGGUUCCAUGAAAAACUUGAGAAAUUAAAAGAUAAGGGUAAGCAACGAGUACAUAAUUUUUUCAAGGACUUGGCACCUGAGCACUGGGGGAAUUCAUAUUUCAGGGACAUGCGUUAUUGGGAGAUGACAUCCAAUACAGCGGAGUCAUUUAAUAAUUGGAUUAAAGAAGCACGCAAUCUUCCUAUCACUCAAAUGGUGGACACAAUUCGUACUAAGUUGAUACAGCAAAUGUCUGCACGGCGUGACCAGGCAAACAAGUGGAAUGAGCUUAUUUGUCCUACAUUCAAAACAAUGCUUCUUGAUUCAUUCAACGACAGAAGGUCUUGGCAAGUCAACAAAGCCAAUAAGGAUGUGUUUGAAGUUCAUUCGAUACCAUUUGUUACAGUUGAUAUUGCAAGGCGUGCGUGUUCUUGCUUCAAAUGGCAAAUCAAUGGAUUCCCCUGUGACUAUGCUGUUAUUGCUAUUCAGAGGAACCACUAUAAUCUCAGUGAUUGUGUGGAACAUUACUUUCAUGUAAAGACAUAUCGUGCAGCCUAUUCGGGUGUUAUAUUCCCUAUACCAUCGGUGGAAAAGCCGCCUUUUGAUCCCACGGACUUCACUAUAUACCCACUAACUGUGAAAAGACCACCUGGAAGGCCGAAAAAGAAUAGAAUCCUAUCAAGCAGUGAGAAACUGAAGCAAAUAAGGUGCGGGAGAUGUGAUAAAUUAGGAAGCCAUAAUAGGAAAUCAUUCAAGGAGCUGAUAUAG